CCCCCUUGAUUGAUCAUGUAGUAGUGUUAUAUAUAUAUGCAGAGCAACUCCCUACAACUCUUGACAGCUUUAGUGGUAAAAAUCUGGAGCAGAGGUAGCAGCAAUGGCUUCAGAGAAGGUGGAGACAGUAGUUGCGGGUAACUACGUAGAAAUGGAGAGGGAAGAAGAUGAUGAGGGGAAGUCCACCACCUCUGCUGCUAAGACCACCUUGUCAAAGAUUUUCUGGAAUGGUGGUUCUGUUUAUGAUGCAUGGUUCAGCUGUGCUUCCAAUCAGGUCGCCCAAGUGCUGCUGACACUACCUUAUUCGUUCUCACAACUUGGGAUGGUGUCUGGGAUUCUAUUCCAAUUGUUUUAUGGACUGAUGGGGAGUUGGACUGCUUACCUUAUCAGUGUGCUUUAUGUUGAGUACAGAACUAGAAAGGAGAGGGAGAAGGUUGAUUUCAGAAACCAUGUCAUUCAGUGGUUUGAAGUUCUUGAUGGGCUGUUGGGGAAACACUGGAGAAACAUAGGCCUCUUUUUCAACUGCACAUUUCUUCUAUUUGGAUCUGUGAUUCAGCUCAUUGCAUGUGCAAGCAACAUAUACUACAUAAAUGACAAUCUUGAUAAGAGAACAUGGACCUACAUAUUUGGAGCAUGCUGUGCAACAACUGUGUUUAUCCCUUCAUUCCACAACUACAGGAUUUGGUCAUUUUUAGGCCUUAUUAUGACAUCCUACACAGCUUGGUACCUAACCAUAGCUUCCCUCAUCCACGGACAGGCUGAAGGAGUGAAGCACUCAGGGCCAGCAGGAUUGGUUCUCUACUUCACUGGGGCUACCAACAUUCUUUACACAUUUGGUGGCCAUGCUGUCACUGUGGGAAUAAUGCACGCGAUGUGGAAGCCACAAAAGUUCAAGCUAAUAUACUUGAUGGCGACAAUUUAUGUGCUAACACUAACACUUCCAUCAGCUAGUGCUGUUUACUGGGCCUUUGGAGAUCUGCUCCUCAACAGAUCCAACGCUUUAGCUUUGCUCCCAAGAACUGGAUUUAGAGACACUGCUGUCAUCCUCAUGCUCAUUCAUCAGUUCAUAACAUUUGGGUUCGCGUGCACGCCUUUGUACUUCGUGUGGGAAAAAUUCAUCGGCGUACACAAAACUAAGAGUCUGUUCAAGCGCGCCCUAGCCAGACUACCUGUGGUGAUUCCCAUAUGGUUCCUAGCUAUUAUUUUCCCCUUCUUCGGGCCAAUCAACUCCACCGUCGGAUCACUGCUUGUUAGCUUCACCGUCUACAUUAUUCCGGCCAUGGCACAUAUGAUCACUUUUGCUUCCGCAUCAGCCAGAGAGAAUGCAGUGGAGAGGGCUCCAAGAAUUGUUGGAGGGUGGACUGGUUUGUACGUGAUGAACAUAUUUGUGGUGGCAUGGGUGUUUAUAGUUGGCUUCGGAUUUGGAGGGUGGGCUAGUAUGGUCAAUUUCGUCCACCAAAUCAACACAUUUGGCCUCUUCGCCAAGUGCUAUCAGUGCCCUAAGCACAAAGUUUGAUUACAUUAUUACCUAUCUACCCUCCACAGUCUUGAUAAAAAUUAAGGUUUAAUUAGCAUAUCAACCUUUAUAUAUACAUAUAUAUAUAUGGAGUCAAUUAAGUGUGUAAAAAAUUAAUUAAGACUUUGAUUUCUUGUCUUUGGUUUGAAGGGUUUCUUCAACAUGUGUGGCCAUUGAUGUUGUGUUAAUUAAGAAAUGUAACUCCCUUUGUUUUUUUGGGAUUAUUAUAUAUUCUUUUCAAUUU